AUGUCUAACCUACAGCACCCCGAAUCACCUAGUGAGGACAUCGAGCUAGAGAACUCUCCACAGAUGAAUACACAUACUAGUGAAAUAAAUAUAACACAAUCUGACAUACCAAUUGACCCUCGGGAUACCGAACAGGCAAAUGAAGCUGAAGCUGAAACAGAGGAACAAACGGGUUCCAGUACAAGAGAUAGACUAAUACCUACAGAACUUAGAGAACGUACAACAAGACAACUAGGAACGUUGGGGAGACGGUUUAAUAUCCUCGACAAAAUAUUUGGGAGAAAAAAUCCAAAUCAACAGCCACAGCAUCCAAGAGGAGAGAGUUAUGAUGGUGUCUUCAGAAAUUUGGCAGCUAAACCUGAAUCUAACGAAACGAGGAAUGCAGAAGGAACUGAUGACACCCCUCCGACAUAUGACGAAGCUGCAGCAGAUAUGGUACCAUCUUAUUAUGGGAUGGACUUGAGUACCUCUGAUAUGUAUAUGGAUGAGAUUUGUAUCGAGGGGUUACCAGUGGGAAACAUUGCAAAUUUGCUAUGGAACAUUAUUGUGAGUACCAGUUUCCAGUUCAUUGGGUUUUUAAUAACGUACAUUCUUCAUACAUCACAUGCGGCAAAGCAAGGUUCAAGGUUUGGUUUAGGGUUGACGUUCGUCGGCUAUGCAUAUUCCAUGAUUCCCAACAACGUUACUACAAAAGUGGGGAAACAUAAAUCUAUCAGCAGGAUAAAGCUGUCUGAUCCUAACUCUUAUGACGACGUACAUUUAUAUUCAGAACCAACUACAGAGGAUAAUUUUGAAUCCACUCUAAGCCAUGGUAUUGACGAGGAGAAACAAAAAGUUCCAUUUUUGGCUGUUGCUGUCGGACUACUAGGGCUAUUCAUUUCAAUAAAAAGUAUCGUGGACUACAUCCAAGUAAAGAAGAUGGAGAAAAGAUACCUUUCACAAGAUCAAGUAUAA